AUGGAUGGGACCAGCAGAAGCCUGAAGAAAGAAUUCAUCACCAAUCAGGAUCCAAAUUACCAACCUGCCCCAUACUUCCAAGCCUGCUGCCCUGUCCUUGAAGAAUGGUGCAAGGCAAUUGCAAAUGUGAUAGCCAAGGACAAGGAUGUCUCUCAUGGAGAAAUUCAUGAAAUAAUCAAACAGGGGAUAGAGAACUUAUCUUCACAUCCUCUCCCAGCUCCAUCACUCAUCCCUGCCCCCAAAGUACCAUCAUCUAUCAUCCCUCAACUAGCUUCAUCCUCUGUUGCCCCUCCAUUGUUUUUUCCCCCCACUCCUCUACUCAUAACCCAGGAGUUUUCUUUUUAA